AUGUCUGCGGAGAGCGGCCCUGGGACAAGAUUGAGGAAUCUGCCCGUGAUGGGGGAUGGACUAGAAACCACCCAGAUGUCCACGCCGCAGGCCCAGGCCCAGCCCCAGCCAGCUGCCGCAGCCAGCGCCAACCCCCCACCUCCCGAGACCUCCAACCCCAACAAGCCCAAGAGGCAGACCAACCAGCUGCAAUACCUGCUCAAAGUGGUGCUCAAGACACUAUGGAGACACCAGUUCGCGUGGCCUUUUCAACAGCCCGUGGAUGCUGUCAAGCUCAACCUCCCUGAUUACUACAAGAUUAUCAAGACUCCCAUGGACAUGGGGACGAUCAAGAAGCGCUUGGAAAACAACUAUUACUGGAAUGCUCAGGAAUGUAUUCAGGACUUCAACACAAUGUUUACAAACUGUUACAUCUACAACAAGCCUGGAGAUGACAUUGUCUUAAUGGCUGAAGCUCUGGAGAAGCUCUUCUUGCAAAAAAUCAAUGAAUUGCCUACUGAAGAGACGGAGAUCCUGAUCGUUCAGGCAAAGGGACGAGGCCGAGGAAGGAAGGAAGCAGGGACAGCAAAGCCUGGUGUCUCCACGGUACCAAACACAGCGCCAACAUUAACGCCGCCACACACCCAGGCCCCUCAGCAGAACCCACCGCCUGUGCAGUCUGCGCCUCAUCCUUUCCCUGCUGUCACCCCAGACCUCAUCGUCCAGGCCCCUGUCAUGACAGUGGUGCCACCUCAGCCCCUACAGGCACCCCCGCCAGUGCAAUCCCAGCCUCCUCCCCCUCCUACACCAACCCCCCAGCCCGUGCAAAAUCACCCGCCCAUCAUUGCAACCACCCCGCAGCCUGUGAAGACAAAGAAGGGGGUGAAGAGGAAAGCAGACACCACCACCCCUACCACCAUUGAUCCUAUCCACGAGCCACCCUCACUGCCCCCUGAGCCCAAGGUCACCAAGCUGGGCCCAAGGCGGGAGAGUGGGCGACCUGUGAAGCCUCCGAAGAAGGAUGUCCCUGACUCCCAGCAGCAUCCAGCACCUGACAAGAGCAGCAAGGUCUCAGAGUAGCUCAAAUGUUGCAGCGGCAUCCUUAAGGAAAUGUUUGCCAAGAAGCAUGCGGCCUACGCUUGGCCCUUCUACAAACCUGUGGAUGUGGAGGCGCUGGGCCUGCAUGACUAUUGCGACAUUAUCAAGCAUCCCAUGGACAUGAGCACAAUUAAGUCUAAACUGGAGGCUCGCGAGUACCGCGACGCUCAGGAAUUUGGUGCCGACGUCCGAUUGAUGUUCUCCAACUGCUACAAGUACAACCCUCCUGACCACGAGGUGGUGGCCAUGGCGAGGAAGCUCCAGGACGUGUUUGAAAUGCGCUUUGCCAAGAUGCCAGAUGAGCCCGAGGAACCUGUGGUGACUGUCUCUUCCCCAGCUGUGCCUCCACCAGCUAAAGUGACAGCCCCACCCUCUUCCAGCGACAGCAGCAGCGAUAGCUCCUCUGACAGUGACAGCUCCACUGACGACUCAGAGGAGGAGCGAGCCCAGCGUCUGGCAGAGCUUCAGGAGCAGCUCAAAGCCGUGCAUGAGCAGUUAGCAGCCCUUUCACAGCCACAGCAGAACAAGCCAAAGAAAAAGGAGAAAGACAAAAAGGAAAAGAAGAAAGAGAAGCACAAAAAGAAAGAAGACGUGGAAGAGACCAAGAAGAGCAAAGCCAAGGAGCUCCCUCCCAAGAAGACCAAGAAAAACAAUAGCAACAACAACAAUGCCAGCAAGAAGGAACCAGCACCUGUGAAGAGCAAGCCACCUCCAGCAUAUGAGUCAGAAGAAGAAGACCGUUGCAAACCCAUGUCGUAUGAGGAGAAGCGGCAGCUGAGCCUGGAUAUCAACAAGCUACCCGGUGAGAAGUUGGGCCGUGUGGUGCACAUCAUCCAGUCCCGUGAGCCUUCACUCAAGAACUCCAAUCCUGAUGAGAUCGAAAUUGACUUUGAGACCCUGAAGCCAUCCACACUGCGAGAGUUGGAGCGCUAUGUCACCUCUUGCCUGCGCAAGAAGAGGAAGCCCCAAGCAGAGAAGGUGGAUGUGAUUGCUGGCUCCUCUAAGAUGAAAGGCUUCUCCUCUUCUGAGUCAGAGAGCACCAGCGAGUCCAGCUCCUCUGACAGCGAAGACUCCGAGACAGAGUUGGCUCCAAAGAAGAAGAAAGGGCACCCAGGGCGGGAGCAGAAGAAGCACCACCACCAUCACCACCAGAUGCAGCAGGCCCCUGCUCCUGUGCCGCAGCAGCCCCCGCCACCGUCUCAGCAGCCCCCGCCGCCACCUGCACCUCAGCAGCAACCCCCAGCCCCACAGCCCCCACCCAUCCUACCACAGCAGUCAGCCCCGGCGCUCAAGGCCUCCCCUCCACCCUUCAUCGCCACCCAGGUGCCUGUACUGGAGCCCCCGCUCCCAGGCAAUGUCUUCGACCCCCUCAGCCACUUCACCCAGCCCAUUAUGCACCUACAACCACCUGAGCUGCCACCUCACCUGCCACCACCACCGGAGCACAGCACUCCUCCACACCUCAACCAGCACACCGUGGUCUCCCCCCCAGCUUUGCACAACGCACUGCCCCAACAGCCCUCUCGGCCCAGCAACCGUGCUGCUGCCCUGCCCCCCAAGUCAACACGGCCCCCAGCUGUGGCACCCACCCUGGCGCAGCCAGCCCUGCUCCCACAGCCACCUAUGGCUCAGCCUCCCCCAGUGCUGCUGGAGGAGGAGGAGCCUCCUGCCCCACCCCUCACCUCCAUGCAGAUGCAGCUGUACUUGCAGCAGCUGCAGAAAGUCCAGCCACCAGCCCCUCUACUCCCUUCCGUGAAGGUGCAGUCCCAGCCCCCUCCGCCCCUGCCACCCCCACCUCACCCAGCUGUGCAGCAGCAGCUGCAGCCCCCUCCACCACCACCAACACAGCUACCCCAGCCCCAGCCCCCGCCUCAGCCACAGCCACACCCACCACCACCCCGGCCUGUGCACCUGCAGUUCCCUACCCACAUCCAGCAGCCCCCACCACCCCCAGGCCAGCAGCCCUCACACCCAGCCCCUGGCCAGCAGCCACCCCCACCACCUCCUGCCAAGCCACAGCAGGUCAUUCAGCACCACCCUUCACCCCGGCACCACAAGUCAGAUCCCUACUCUACAGGUCACCUCCGUGAAGCCCCCUCCCCGCUUAUGAUACAUUCCCCCCAGAUGCCACCGUUCCAGAGCCUGACCCACCAAUCCCCACCCCAGCAGAACGUCCAGCCUAAGAAGCAGGAGCUGCGUGCUGCCUCUGUGGUCCAGUCUCAGCCCUUGGUGGUGGUAAAAGAGGAGAAGAUGCACUCACCUAUUGUCCGCAGUGAGCCUUUCAGCCCUGCACUGCGGCCCGAGCCCCCCAAGCACCCAGAGAGCAUCAAAGCGCCCAGCCACCUUCCCCAGCGGCCAGAGCUGAAGCCUGUAGACACCGGAAGGCCUGUGGCUCGGCCCCCAGAGCAGAAUGCACCCCCACCAGGGGCUUCUGAUAAGGACAAGCAGAAACAGGAACCCAAGACGCCAGUUGCACCCAAAAAGGACCUGAAAAUUAAAAACAUGGGCUCUUGGGCGAGCCUGGUGCAGAAGCAUCCUACUACCCCAUCCUCCACGGCCAAGUCUUCAAGUGACAGCUUUGAGCAGUUUCGCCGUGCAGCGCGAGAGAAGGAAGAACGUGAGAAAGCCCUGAAAGCACAGGCUGAGCACGCGGAGAAGGAGAAGGAGCGGCUGCGGCAGGAGCGCAUGAGGAGCCGUGAGGAUGAAGACGCACUGGAACAGGCCCGGCGGGCCCAUGAGGAGGCACGCCGCCGCCAGGAACAGCAGCAGCAACAGCGGCAGGAGCAGCAGCAGCAGCAAGCAGCUGCUGUGGCCGCCGCUGCCCCCCAGGCCCAGAGCUCCCAGCCCCAAUCCAUGCUGGACCAGCAGCGGGAGCUGGCCCGAAAGCGUGAGCAGGAACGGAGGCGCCGGGAAGCGAUGGCAGCUACUAUUGACAUGAAUUUCCAGAGUGAUCUAUUGUCAAUAUUUGAAGAAAAUCUUUUCUGA